AAGAAAAUUUUUUAUAUAAUGUGGGAAACAACAAAUUAAUCUUAAAAAAAGAUGCAGUACCAUCUAUAAUGUCAAACAAAUGCCGAAUGAGAUUGUACCAAGAAAUGACUAGUUCAAAUAAUGCUAAUAAUACAAACUUGAAAUUGUUGAAGAAAGAUUUGUAUAAUGGAUUUGAAUACUUAGAUAAUAAUAAAAUAGAUGCUAUACCAGAAACGAAUACUAAUGAAGAAAGUAUUUUUGUUAAGAUUGAAGAACCGGAAUUAAAUAAUGAUGAAACAUUAGAUGGCACUCUAUUAGUACAGAAUAAUGUUGCAGAAAAUAUUUCUCCUAAAAUGGUUGAAGAAUCUACUCUAAAAUCUUUAAAAAUAAGAUAUGUUGGAGAUAUUAAUGCAUCUCAUUUAGCCACUCCUAGAAGAGCUAAAAAAGCAUUAGACAAAGCAAUGAUGAAGAUAAUAGAACAGAGAAAAAAAAUUAAGGUACUGCAAAGAGCAUCUAACAGGUUUAAGAAAAAAAUUAAAUGUCUGAAAGAUUUAUUAAGAGACAAAUAAGAAGAUAAGAAUCAGUCUUUGAAGAUGCUGCAGAAAUGUUAUUGGGAAAAAUGACUUAUAGCGUUUUCGAUUGGGAAAAAGUUAGUGUGCACCAAUGCGCACUCAGUUUACAUCACACUGGACGAGUUCCAUGGGUUGCACUGAAUAGUGCAAAUUCAAAAGAACACCAAGAUUUUCAGUGCUAAAGAAUUUCAGUGCUGAAGUGCCAUUUCGAGUUAUAAGAUUGUAAGGACUUGACUAGACUGCAGGAAAAACGCAGAAAAAUAAC